UUGUUUCCUAGCGUCUCAGUUUGGUGCGUCUUUUCAAACGCAAAACAAUCACCCAUUCAUAUUACUAAAGUACUAUUAUUUGUAUACCUGUUUAUGAUCUAUCGUCGGUUGGAACGUUAUCAUGCAGCAGCGGCAUCGUACAAUUCGGUGCAAUUGCUGCAACGAGACUGCAGAUCGGUUGAUAGAGUUCGAAUCCGUGGUGCUUCUUUUGGAAAGGGAAGUGAAAAUACGUGAAAUGAUUGGAAUUUUCCAGUUACCCCAAGAAUCCUUACUACAAAAAACGAAUGGUAUAUGCACAACAUGCUUGGAGCGGCUCGAAAAUUGCUUUCUCUUCUACGAAACAUUAAUAACAACCAUCACCAUGAAAGAGCAUAGUAACACUGCAUCGCCCAAAAAGGAUAACAUCCCCACCAUACGUUGCACUGACUGUGAUUCGGCAUUUGAAUCGAUGCAGGAUUUAGAAAAACAUGCGAAAGUGCAACACUGUCCAACGAAACAGCAUCAGCAGCAGUUUCAUUACUGCUCAGCGUGUCAGAAAUCGUUCAAAACCAACCGUGGCCUGCUUCAGCACAAUGCAAUCUAUCACGAGUCCCAAGAAUUGCACCGCUGCUACAUCUGUGAGCGACAGUUUCUCACAAAAACCAACUUACAAAACCACAUGCGCUUUCACAAGGAUCAUGUGUGCAGCUUUUGCAACAGCGGAUGGACAGACGAAUGUCAACUGUUGGAGCACGUGCGUACCAGUCAUAGAGAUGGGCUGUUUGUUUGCCGGUUUUGCAACAAGCAGGAACGGCUCAAGAAAUGUCUCAAUCGACACCUUCGCACAGCCCAUGGGCAAGAGGUGAAUCCGUAUUACUGUGGGCAUUGCCGGAAUGCGGAGGCAACGCAUAGCUACGACAGCUAUGUAGCGUUGAUGAACCAUUUGCAGGAGCAACAUUCCGCGGAAGAUGAUACCACUACUGCAGCAAAAGAAUUGCAUGGCACACUGCUAAAUGCAUCCCUGUUUGGCAAAGAGCUGGAAUUGCUCGAAGACGACAAGGUAGUAGACGUUGAGCAGGAUCGUUUUUUGCAGAACUUGCAUCUCGUCCGGAGCGUUCCGGAGAGGCCGAAAACUUGUCAGCCGCUGGAACCGCGCAUCGAUCAGCGGACGGUUCUGGAGGAUUUUCUCGACGAAACGUUCGAGAAUGAUGAGAUCUGGAACAAGUAUAUCGAUAAUGGAGAAGAGUAUCUGAUCGACGAUUAUGACAUCUACCUCAAGGGAAUGGAUGAAUCGGAGAAACAGGAAGAAGUGUGCAUGUAUCUGUGUCCACAGUGUAAGCAAGGGUUUCAGAGCCAGCGAAACCUGACGAUUCAUUUGGCGGAAGAGCACGACGUGUCCAGUUUGGUGUGCAACGAUUGUGGAGCUAGUUUUACGCGGCAUGCAAGCUAUCGCAUCCAUCGGCGCGAACAUCUGAAGGAGAAUGUUCGAUUUCGUGAGAGCAACAUUCCCGAAAUGGAGGAAGCGCUAUCGCUAGUCCAAAGCACAUCCUUGGACUAUUCGGUGCACGAGGAGGAAAGCGGUUAUGUGUUUACCUGUAAUCUGUGCGAUCGCACCUUCCAGCGGAAGCACAACCUCGAAAAGCACAGAUGUCUGUACUACGAACAACUGGAGCACUCCAACACUUCAGAGCAGCAGGGUGCAGGUGUCAAUGGGACGGAAUUGCAGCAAUGCUCACACUGCCAGUUCCGCACGACAUCAAGCCAGGAGCUGGAAACCCAUCAGCAACGCAUACAUCAAUCGGACAUGGAGCCAUCGGAGCCCGUCUAUUGCAUGCUUUGCGAUCGUCGGUUCAGUUCCAUAUCCGGGCUGAAGUAUCACUUGAAACGACACACAGGCAUUAAGGCAUUCGCUUGUCUGUACUGUGAGAAAACGUUUACGGCCAACUCGAACCUGAACGCGCACAUUCGGAGUGUGCACAGCGCGCGAAAGGACUACCGGUGUGACGAAUGCAACGAAUCUUUUACCACGAAAGAUCACCUGAACAAACACCAGCGCUCCCGACAUCGGCAGGAGCGAGCGUUUGUGUGUGGGGAGUGUGGCAAGAACUACUUGCAACGGUCGCAUCUGAACGAACAUGUUGCAGCGAGCCAUCGGGAGGAUCGGUACCUGUGCCAUGUUUGCAAUGGUUCUUACGUUAGUAAAAGCUCCCUCAAACGGCACCAACAGCAGAAGCAUGGUGUUAUGAAAAGGGACGAAAAGUGAAGAUAUUGUUAUAUGUUAUCAUGUUUACAACAAUCCGAAGAAUGCAUUUUUUCUCUUCACUCGUGUACUCACCAAAGAUGCUGGUUGGUAGUAAUUGAACUUUUUUUGAAUGAUUGAUUUCUUGAUGAAUUUCUUUCGUCCGUAUUCAAAACACAUGUUUACACAUGUACUGUUCUGUUCUGUUAUGUUCUGCACUAGCCAUACACUGUUUUCAAUUAAUUUCAUUAUAUUUAGGGUUGUUAUUUUCAUCAACUUACUGCUUUCUACUCUUGUUUUAAACGUUCCUUUGUUUCAUUCAAAUUGGGGCUCAUUGAUUGUUGUAGCACGAGCAAACGGAUGUUAUAAAAAACAUUUCAUUUUCUUCUCUUCUUUCUUUUAAUUUUGCAUUCACUACGCAUUAUUCCAUUCUAGCUGGUCACAUCCCUUGGUGGUGGUCACCUGUUCAUCCAAACUCUGUCCGCUAUAAUCAAUGUGUAACCCAUGCUCGCAAACUAAAUACACUUUUUAAGCAUGUUCCUUUUUCAACACAACGAUCUAUGGUCUGAAUUGACCAGUUUUUUUUUUAGAUUAAUUCAACAUGGUGUAAAAGAUUACAGCUUUCUGAUAGGUUGACGAUCGGUAGCUUUUACUCGUAUAAAUUCGAGCACCUCUAUGUAUGCAUGUAUUUUGUAUAUACACUGAACGGCAAUGCCGUUCCAAACAAAAAGCAUGACACUAUCGGGAAAUUAUAAAUCAUUAAGAACAACACAAAGUUAAAAAUACACAACAAUAAAACGAAAGCUUGCCCAAUGCAAAUAAUAUACUGGAUUAAAUAAUUUAGUAACUCAUCGCUCAACUCAUAUUCACAAUUCAGCAGAUUAUAAGAGUUCUUCCGAUAGCAACGAAUCGGACUGUUUUACACAUUUUGUAUUGGUUGCGAUAUUGUUGCGAACAGGUAAAAUUAGUUUAAAAUCUUGAAUAGAGAGCUGCACAAAAAAGGUACAACAAAUAAUGAGACGAACUAUGCUUGGUCAUGUUUUUUGUUUUGUGUUCUUCUUUGGUGUGCUUAGGGGUUUCUUAAAUGCGAAAAAAAAACUUUGCUGAAUUAUCAGUAACGGCGGAGAUGGUUUCUGGUUGCGGUAUACGAAUUACAUUCCAAUGUCCUUUUUUUUUUCAAAUAUAUAAGUAGUAAUCGAGACUGACAGCGUUUGUAAAUGAUACUAAUUUGUAGCGGAAAAUGCAACAAUAUGAAUAGAUAGAUGGAUUCUUUUAAAAUAAAAAAAGUCUGCGGAAGAUUU